AUGAAGUCGGCGAACCCAGACGUCCAGCACUUCCUGUCUAUCCCCUGGUGCGCGGCACGCCUCAACGAACCAGACACGGUCCGCGACACGGCGCCCUCACGGUUCCCGAAGCAAAACACAGAGGACCAGCUGUUUUCGACGACGCUGAACACGGCGGAUACGAUUGCUGCGUACCUGACCUUUUACAAGCGGCCGUCUCCGUCGUCGUCAGUUCCCGCAUCAUCAUCAUCAUCAUCAAGCACAUCCUCAAGCACCUCAACCAUACCAAAGGACGACGACGCGGGGCUAAACAUCAUCCGCCAACUCAAAGCCCUCCUCACGCUCCGCAGCGGUGUGAACGGAUACCCGGACGUCUCGCAUGGCGGCAUCGUCGCCACGAUUCUUGAUGAGACGAUUGGGCUCGUAUUUCCCGUGAACAAGAGUAACGGCUUAAUCCCCGACGCGGCGUACAUGACGGCGUAUCUUAAUGUUACGUAUGUGAAGCCCGUGAGGACGCCGCAGACGGUGUUGUGUGUUGUUGAUGUUACCAAGGUUGUGGGCCGGAAGUGGUGGAUUGAUGCGAGGAUUGAGGAUGAGGGGGGCGUGGUGCUGGCGAGGGCGGAGAGUUU